UGGGCAGGGAACAAUCACAGGCACCAGACACCUGUGUCGGUUACCCGUUUCUAGAAAUGAGAGCGGUGGCCGUUCCCAGUAACCGGCCGACCGAUUCCGCAGUCACGUCGCCAUUCGCAAAUAGCUGACACUGACACACCAACAUUGUUACGCAAGUAAGGAAUGGACUCAUUUUAAAUAGUUUAGUGACACAUUUUGCUCAUGCUUACAAUAUAGUGACUUUAAAAACGAAAGUCGUGAUACAAGCAGCUAGUUACAACAGCGCCGCGUGCGUAAUGGAGGAGAAGACAGAAACCGUACAUUUGCAGCCGAUAGCCGAGCCAACCAAAGAUGGCGUCCCCGCCAGUUUUGCUGACGACGACGACUAUGAUCCGCACGAGCACCGACAAGUGAACAGGCCCACCAAUGACUUCGAGACGCUCGUGCACCUGCUGAAGUGCAGCUUGGGCACGGGCAUCCUCGCCAUGCCGCAGGCGUUCGCGCGCUCCGGUCUCAUCACCGGCAUCAUAUCCACCGUCAUCGUCGGCGCGCUCUGCACCUACUGUUUACAUGUUCUGGUGCGCUCCCAGUACGAGCUGUGCAAGCGCCUGCGGGUGCCGCUGCUGACGUACCCGGAGUCUAUGGCGGCGGCGCUGUCGCGCGGGCCGCCCAUGCUGCGCGUGCUGGCCCGCCCCUCGGCGCUCGCUGUCGACAUAUUCCUCGUUGUCUACCAGCUUGGAAUCUGCUGCGUCUAUAUUGUCUUCAUUGCGGAAAAUAUUAAAGCGAUGGUCGAUGAUUACUAUGUGAUGGACGUGAAACUCCACAUGGUUAUUAUCCUGGGACCGUUGAUCGCAUUCAACUGUAUCCCCAAUUUGAAGAUCCUGGCGCCAUUCUCAACCCUAGCAAAUCUAAUCACUUUCGUCGGCCUCGGUAUUGUGCUGUACUUUUUACUGGGGACUGAGAAGAAAUCACAAACGCCUUUGGACCUCUGGGGCUCCUUUAAGACAUACCCUUUGUUUUUCGGGACUAUUCUGUUUGCGCUUACUGCUGUGGGGGUUGUGAUCGCAUUGGAGAACAACAUGAAAACGCCCAAGUCUUUCGGGAAGCCGUUCGGCGUGCUCAACGUGGGCAUGACGUUUAUCGUGCUGCUUUACAUCGCCGUCGGCGCCAUCGGCUACGUGUUCUGCGUUGAGAAGUGCAGCGACUCCGUCACGCUUGAUCUUCCUCAGAACUCAUGGGUUGCGACGAGCGUGAAAGCGAUGUUCUCGGUGGCCAUUUUCAUAAGCUACGGGCUGCAGUGUUACGUGCCGGUGGACGUGGUGUGGAGCGGCUACCUGCGCCCGCGGCUUCUACAGUCCCACGCGUCGCAGCCCAAACUUGUCGCGUCGGAAUACGCCCUCCGGAUCGCACUGUGCCUUCUCACGUUCGUGUUCGCGGUGUCAAUCCCCCGACUGGGGUUGUUCAUCUCGCUGUUCGGUGCGCUGUGUUUGUCGGCGCUGGGCAUCUGCUUCCCGGCGCUGAUGGAAAUGUGCUUGUCGUGGGCGGACGCGGCCGCGACGGGCGGCGGACGCCUUCGUCGCCUCAAAGAUUGGCUGCUGUUCAUCUUCGGCAUCAUCGGCCUGGUUGUCGGCACCGCCACGGCGCUGCUCGCCAUUGUGGAAUCAUUCUAGACCCCGCUCGCACUGGCAAACUAGAAAGUGCCUAUGCUUGCAUUUGCCAGAACACACGUGCAAAUAGUGACACUGCUGACAGCUAGCUUUUGUUGUAGAUACCGUAGGAUUAAGAUAUAAACAUUAUAAUUAUUAUAUAAGGAUAGCAAUAAUUACUGUGAUUCACCAGAUUACUGAUGUCUAUAAUGCUGGCAAUGAUUAUUGUACCUACCUACUUCUAAAUCUUUUCCAAUGAUACAAAGCUUAGGAACCAAAGAAAGAAAAAAGACAUACUUAGUAAGUAUUUUUAUUUACUUAUUAAGUAUUUUUAUAUGUAUAUACCUUAAUAUUAUUUAUAAAAACAAUGUUAAAAUAGAUUGUUUAAAGAUAUUUUACGAUACGUUAUAAUAUUGUUUUAAGACUCACAAGAACUUAGCCGUCGCCAUACAAUCGAAUAAGUUAUUAACAUAAGAUACUUUGACUGUAUGGCGUCAGCUACUAGUUAUCUUGUGAGUUUUAAGUUUUUCUAAGGCAUCGUCUGCCGGGCUAGCUCAGGAGUGGCGCGUCAGUAUCUACGAGUAGUCCUCGAGAUAGACUACCCGCCUUCUUUAAUUAAAAGCAAUUAGAAAAAGACUGGUAGUCUAUCUCGCGGGCGAGAUACCGAUACCGUCGCGCCAACUCCUGAGCUAGGCCUGGGCUAUCUAGGUACUGGUAAAUGAGAGUUUCUUGACGGUUGUGUGGGAAGACGGUAGAGGUAUUCCCACACAACACUUGAACAAUAUCAAUGUUCUGACUUACCGAAAAUAAAUAAGUGUGCGAUAUCUCUUUAUUUUACUAAGAAGAAAUCGUAUAGGUACUGAACUUGUGAUCGAUCUUAUUUUUGGCGUAACCUCAUGAUGAAUAGUUUCCAUAAUAUGGCCAUGCACGCAGCCAUGCACCAACUUGGAGUCACAUCGUCCCAAUCGAAUGAGCCAGGCCUCGAAACACGGGAUGCUGACAACCUCUGGAAUAAAGUUUAUUGUGCGCUAUUCGUAACCAGUCUUUGGGGGCACUAGAAUAGAUAUUAUAAUAUAUUAUAUCAACAUCCUACCGGUUAUGGCCACGGCAACUGAUGGGUUUGUACUAGCUAAUGAGAGCGACAAUCGUGACCUCUCAGGUGGCUGACGUAGCCAUUUUUGGAGUGAAUGUACGGCCACACUUACUGCAUAUCAGCACCCCUUCGACAAAAUUCUAGUUGAGAUGGUGGGGUCUUUAACUUGAACUAAAAUUUUACUUUUGUAUAUAGGUACUCACUGUAUGCCUCCACUUUGGUCGAUCUUGUGCCGAAGUCUCCUAGUGCGAUGGUGACAUUGAACCAUCGCACUGGGAGACUUCGGCACAAUCUCCGCAUACCAUAAUAAGGGACCGUCCGUUCGACAGCACUACUUAUACGCGUUGCGAAUUGCAAACCAUGACUUUUCGGCUUGCGUUGGUUAACAAGCUCUUAUAUUUACCAGAUCUUAGAUGCAGAAACAGUAAUAAUAAUAAAGCAUUUUAUCUUAACUGUGUCGGUUGCACACGUGCAUAAUUAUUAAUUAUUUUUUAUUUGUUCUUGUUAUUGUUCCUACUAGUAUGCAUGUGUUUUGGAUAGUUAAUGGUGUGCUACUUUUCUGUGGAUGUGGACGGAAGUACCUAUUUAGUACCUAUUUAUGUUUAUAUCAAAUUUUUCCUACUAACUAGAUAAGAACGGUUUCAUCUUCCCAAAAAGAAAAGCUUAUUUUUGACAGCACGCAUGUAAUCACUAGGUGGCGAAGUUGUUGAACCAUACAAUAUGUAAAUUAACGAAAAACAUUCACACUGAGCAACUUUUACUAUGGCACCAACCCCGGAAUCGCGAGAAAAAUUUGGUAGUUUCAUAUUUUUUGCUGGUCUGGCGUUAGUUUCCUAUGGGAGAGUCCUUUUUUGGCGAUUUUGGGGUUAGCGCCAUAGUAAAAGUUGCUCAGUGUGACCUACACAUUGACGGUUUAAAUAAAUGUUUUUCGUUAAUUUUACACACUGUAAUAGUUCGUGUCAUCCACGAUGACGCGCAGAUUUGUCAAAUUUAACCUUUAAUUACAUGACAAUACGGGUCAUCUUCGUGAAUGACACUAUCUAUAAGUUCCUAAUUAGGCAAAAGGUCUUUGAUACAUGCAAGAUGAUGUUGUUUGUACCUACCUGUUAACGUCAAUAAUUAAUUAGUCUUCUCUUUCUAAUGUCUGUUUUCACUGACGAAUUAACAAUCAACGACUUGGUGGGCCAAUAAUUAAUCAAUAAUUAAUUGACAACAUUUCAAUAUAACUAGUUCACAACCUAUACUUAUAUAAAAUAAGUACCUACAUACGUUUUACAGGUACUACCUAGGAAAUAUUUAUAAACUGACAUUUUACAUAAAUUGCGAAAACGUGUAAACAGGGAACCGCACACGCUAUGAGUAUUAUGACGGUAGUGAUGGUUUAAUAAAAUUUAACUACGUACCUAUAUUUUGAUUACUACCGGUGUAAGUACAUUCCUACUUCAUGAAAAUUUAUUGAGACCUAGACUAAUUCAAAUAACUGCGGUACCUACAGAAUAAUUCAAUGAGAGACGAUAUUAUAUUAUAUGGGUACUGGGAUUAAAUUGAGUCAAUGAAUUCCUAGUGGUAUCAAUAAAUGGUAAUAAGUAUCCAAGGUUUACACUGUCAUUAUAUUUGCCAUUUAGGAUUUCUUCCACCCACCGUACUCGUAUUCACAUUUACAACAUAUUUUCUGGCUUCUUUUGAUAGUUAUUGAUUUUAUCAAGUUUUAUUACCCGAUCCGUUUGUUAACUAAAAAUAGGAAAUCAAGAUAAAAAUCGCCACUCGUUGCAAAUUUCGUUGCUUUCCUAUUACGAGCCCCGAUGCAUAUGUUUUCGUCAGGUGACCCCAUUUUUUGAGGUUCUCGCGUUUGUUCAAAAAUAAUGUUUUUGUUUAAAAAAUACUAAUAUUUAAUGCUUAUACUAAUGUAAUUUAAUUUUAUAUGGUAAUACUCUGCAAUAACUAAAUCCAAAUACAAGAAAUACCGUUUGUACUGAAAGAAAAAAAAUAAUGAUUUUUUAUUUUUUUUUAGACGGGUAGGAUUACAACAUAUGUGAAAAAGGCUAUUACCAGGGAAAGCAAUAGGGCUCUGCCAAUGUACUGACAAUUUUGUUUCGAGCCCAUGCAUGCAGCAGUGCUGUAGGAGAGGACAAUAUGAUUUGAACAACGUUUUUGAAAAUUCCUUUUUUUCAGCAAUAAAAGUCUCAUGCAAUUUUAUUAUGCGAUCAAAAUAAACUACAUUAAACAUUGCUAUUAUGGUUCCCAUUACUGGGUCAUUAUAUGUUCAUGUGUAAAAUUUAUUAAAAUAAAGAAAAUUGUUGCGCGGAACUAGACGAAAUCAUUUGCAUCGGGGCUCGUAGUUGUUAGUGAACUGAAAUGUUGUCAAUUUGUGAAAUAUGUUAAUUAUGAUUUCAUUAACAGUCCAUAAUUAAAUUAUAAAUGUAGAUAUUUUAACAAUAUAUUGAUUAAGUAUACAGGGUGAUUCAGGAGACGUGAGCAGGACUAAGACGUUGCGCCUUUUGUAAAUUAUAAGCAACUGUUUCGUAUCAGUAUUAGUGAGAUUAACGUUAAUUUUCUACUCGUGUUGAAAAAAAAAUUGAUAAAUUUAUUUACGACAUGCAUGGUCACCCUAAAAUUAGAAUACUAAACUACUGAUAUUCUGUGGCAAAUUGAUUGUCAUCACUGUCAUCACGGUAUGGUUACUUUUGAAAACUCGUAUCUCACUCAAGUUUGACAGUUUAUUUCUUCGUAAUCAUCAAAUGCUGUCAUUACGGUUAAAGAGGUUUUAUGGUUAUUAAUUGGGUCUUGUAGGGUAACCAUGAUUGUAGAGAAUUAAAUUUGCCCUCACCAAAAAGUUAAAAAAUAGGAAAAAUUGUGGUUGUUUCACCUAAAUACGACGGUGAUCGGUCAAUUAUCAGUUACUGAGUGUGCAGGAUUAGUCCUGCUCACGUCUCAUGAAUCACCCUGUAUAUACCAGAGUUUAAAUAGCUUUUUCUUUAUGAUGUAGAUUACCUGCAACAGUUGCAACUAAUGUUUUUUUUAUCAGUUGCAUGAAACAACCUAAUAGACACACUUCCAAACCAAUCGCUAAUAUGAGCUUGUGACUUUUUGUAAAAAUAAAAGGUAACAUUUUUUGUA